UUCCCAAUUUGCCUACUGUUAUAGGCGUCGCUAGGAUACGGAAUUCUGCUGCAACACCGCGUUGAGUUUGUUUAGAUAUUAAGAGCAGACGUGGUUGAAUCAAGAGAGUAAAUAAUGCAUAAAACAACGUCAUAAAAUAAGAGAUUAAUGAUCUGGGGACAUCCAUCUCAGCUUUGUGCAUUAGGAAUGGCUGCAGCUAACCUUUAUAAACUGGAUGAUGGAGCAAGCUUCCCAACUAAUUGCUUCCCUGCCAGGACAUUAUUUCGACAACAAGAAGAAGGUGCUGGCCAUUGGCUUGUUGCACAUAGAACCUCUGAGGACCAAAAAUACAGAGCUGGGAAAACUGGCAACCACUCAAACACAAAAGUAAGACCACAAGAUCAGUUACAGGGCUUCCAGUCCAGCCUGCCUCUGACAACCACUAAAGCAGACUUGAAGGAGAACAUAUUGGAUGGAUUCUUCUUGAUGAAACUUCAUUAUGUGGAGGAUGCAUCUGACCUGUGCUCUGUUGAUAUUAGCCACAGGAAGCUAGAGUUGGCUAAAGAAGAAGAUUUUGAAAUGUUUGACAAUGUUGCCUAUAUUAAUGCUGCAGGAAACCUUUUGACUUUUGAGCCUUUCAGAAAAUUUCCAAUCUUAAGAGAACUCGAACUGUCAGUCAAUGGCCUCCGCAAUUUGAAAAUCAGUGUUGGAGAUUUUCCACAUUUGGAGGUGUUGGACCUUUCCUACAAUAACUUGACCUCAGAUGACGUUUUGUCCCUGGGUCUGUGUCCAUGUCUCCGAGUGCUUUACCUGACUGGGAACGGGCUGCACUCUCUUCCUCCUGAUGUGACCUCCUCAGAGCUGAAUGCUGACCUAUUUCCACGGUUUCGGUCUCUUAGCAUCUUGAUGCUAGAUGACAACAAGCUGUCUCACCCAGGAGUAUUUGCAAGCCUUGCGAACUUGAAAAGUUUGAAGUACUUAAACCUGGAUAAAAACGGCAUCACUGAGGUCCCUUACGUGCAGAAGAUGGAUCAAUACAAUUACGUUUGCAGUCCUGUCUUGGAAAAACAGGGCGGAUUUGAGAGGCUGCAGCCCAGACAAGAAGUGAAACACGGGAAAGGUCUGAUCACAGACCUAAAGAGAAUGGACAAACCUUUAACAGUCGCAGAUGGAAAUAUUGGCAUAGCGGAUACUGAUUUUUCUCCACAGUUUUCAUUACCUCAAAAUGAUAUGGGCAAUAUUCAGGGGGUCCCAUACAUGGAUGGAGAUUUUAAAUUACCCCUUGGCCUGGGAACUGAAUCUGUGAAGGCAUUCCAACCCCCUCUGCCAGAACUAAGAUGCCUCAGCCUGGCCAACAAUAAGAUAACAGAGGAAGAGGCGCUAGUAGCUGUUGCUCUCUUUCCAUCCCUGAAUGAACUUGUGAUCCAUGGAAACCCUCUCACCACCCAGAAGAGUGGUGACCCUCCAUUACUGACCAGCUUACUGCAGCACAAACUGGGCAUACAGAUACAGAGGAAAAGGGCAGACAGAAUGGAGAAGCCACACAUUGUGUUGCCUGUUAACCCUAAACGAAAGGUUAAAACCAAGAUCCCAAAGGUCCCUAAACAGCCCCUAUUUUUACAAGCCUCUCCUGACUCUCUCUUAUUCAAGCUUGGAUAUCUCAAUACAAAACAGGAAGCAACAGAAUCUCAGAAGGGUCAAAAUGUAUCAGAAUAUAAACCAAUUCCAGGUCCUCCACAAGAGAAGGGCGAGGAAACUCAUGAACCAGAACAGGACUUGGAAAAUUAUCGGGAUAGAAUGCCAGGAGAAGAGCAAGAGAAAGGCAAACUGACAACUGAUGACCAGCAUGUAGAGGCAUUCUUUAUGACUCAGGUAAAUGAUCAUCCCAAAUCAGACAACGAGGAGGUACUCGAGAGCAAAAAUCUAAAUUUGAAGCAAGUUUCUGUGCCAGACAAAUAUAAAGGGUUUGAAGAACUUCUGGAUGCAAGGCCAGAUCCUGAGUUUAUUGAGCCUGUUGGAAUUCAGCAGAACGUCAGAGCACUGGAACAUGCGUUAAAGAACCUCCUUGUUUACCGAGACUCUAAAGCUAGGUUGGAUUGUCUUCAGAAACCCUACAUGCCAAAGGAGAAAAAGCUGGGAAGAACAAUAACUCCACCCCCUCAGAAAAGCAAAGCAGAGAAAGUAGAAGAACUGCUAACCAAAGUCAAGGACAGGAAAACAACAAGCGAAGUUCCGUUAGCAACCAUUCUACAGGACAAAGGGUCCCAAAAGAAGGAAUACGAUGAGGCUCUGGGUUUACUGAAGGAGCUGCAGAUAAAAUAUGUAAAACUUCACACUGUUGCUGUAGAAACUGCUGCUCAGAUUGAGAAUCAGAAUCAGGAGGCUCUUCAUGAAAUCAACAAAAAUAAGACUGAAACAAACCAAAACUCAUCAGGCUGUUUCCAGCAUUGAAAUGUGCAAGCCUACUUGGAGCACUGUACAGGAUUAGAGGAAAAAAAUAAAUAAAAAUAAAUAAAUAUUGCAAUCGAACUGAUAGCAUGUUGAUUCUAUUACCCCCCCCCCCCCAAAAAAAAGUCAUCAUUAAAAGGACGUUCCACUUUCUUGUGUAUUUUCUUAUGUUUAAAACAGGACUGGUCUAUGAAAACAUGAACCUUUCCUACAGUAGUUUUCCUUAUUUGAAUUCUCAUAACAUUAUCAAUAAAUGGAAAAAAAAACCCACUACAUUAAUGGAUGUUUUUGUUUAAGACAUUCAAAUUAUUCACUUCCUCUCAGAUAAUUUGUUGUACACUUUCUUCUUAGGGCACCCAAGGUUAGUUUUCUUUUCCUGAAAUGGGGUCCACCAUUACUUCACAAUAGGUCUUUGCAAUGUAAUAUGUACCGUUUGUGAAAGUAAAACAAACCCCAAUUUGACUAAGUAAAGAACUUAAUUUAAUUACUAGUUACAUAAUCGUACUGUCUCUGUGUUACAUGCCUAUUUAACAGCACAGUAAAACUAAUAUGCAAUGCUCAAAUGCAAUGACAUUACAAGCUAGUAUGUGGUCACGGAAUUACAGAAUUAUUAUUUAGUGCCAUUUCCAAAACAACACAUUUCAUGAGGACUUACAUAUAUUCGUCAUGUUAAACACUGACCUGGUUAAACUUCAGGAAGUUUCCAUACAAUAUCAUUGCCAAUCCAGUCAGCACAGGACAUACUGCAUUCCAAUUCCUAAUUGAAUCAAAACUUGCUACAUUUAUUUAUACAGUAGUGCUUUUUUGGUUUUCCUGCUGUCAGUGGCUAAAGCUUUAACAAAAAGUUUAUUUUCCAUAUACAGUAAACGACCUCUACUGGCACUAAUUAUUUCAUCUACAGUUUUCCUUCUCUCAUAUAUAUAAUUAUAUAUAUACAUACACACAUACACACACACACACACAAUUUGAGACUACAGCCCUCAAUAACUUAAAUAUACAUUUAGGAAUUAUACUUCAAUAAGACCUCACUGUUUUCCAAAGGUUUGAAGAAAGAAAACAUGUGGGAAUGGCUAUUAGAUCGACUAACUGCACCUCAAUUCAACAUUCUAGAGAUUAACAAAGUCCAUUAUUGGUUCACAAUUCCAAAACACAUUGGAAACAGAAAAAACACAAUCUGGGGAUAGCCCUUUGGAACACUGUUUUAAUCAUCUUUGUAACUUGAUAACUGCAGGAAAGCAAAAACAGUACAAUAACUUUGUAUACACCAUUAUUUGUUAAGCAGUAUACAUACCAAGCAUGUCUGUUCAAUUUAAUACUGAAGACAGUUAGCCACUGCCUGUGUCUUCCACUGAAGCUGAAAAGGCUUUUAAGAGCUCCCGAGCAGUUUAUUGGACCAGUGGGGCUACUUCCCAGUCUAUGAAUAUUUUUUUGCAGGUGCAAAUGAGGAUGCAAGGUUGAAAAGGGUAAACAGGAGACAUACAAAUGCCACAGCAAUUUAAAACAUUAACCUUCUGUUUGUUUUAUACCAAUAUACUGUUAACAUAAUGCUCCAAAAGGGACCUUACAAAUGUCACGAUAUGCUUAGAAGGUAUUCCGUUAAGUAAUUUUUGUAAUUUUUAAUAAUGCUCCUUGUCAUUUAUUUUAAGUGCUGGUUAUGCAAACCUAUUGCAAACGGGACAUUUCAAGUGACUUCCAUAAAACAUCCAAACCCAAUUUACCCCACAGUAACACAGUGCAAGCUGCGUCUUCAAUUAUUACCCCGCUGGCUGGGUUCCGUCUCAAAUUAGCUCUCAUCUUACUCAAUGCUACCUUAGUUAAGGUAGUCUAAGAUUCGUGCCAAUCGGAGUCUAAAAAAAUAAGCAAACACCCCACAAGCCCAAUCUCGGUUUAACAGCGCACUUUCUUACCCAGUAUAGAUUUUACUGCUCCCAAUUCCAUUUUGGAAUAGCAGCAAUUGCCACUACGUGUCUAUAGUCCAUGGAAAAUGAAACAAUAACAUGCUUCUCUUUAAAAAUCGGAACAUCUUAUAUUAAUAAUACAUUUCUAACAAACCUAACAAAGGCUGUCUUUUGUAAAGAACAGGAAAAAAAAUAUUAUAAAAUAGAUUAUACUCUGCAUUGGGAUUAUUAGCCUACUGCAAAAAGAAUGGCAGGUGUGCAUUUGGUUCUUUUCACAAGACAAAACUAAUAAUUUUUCUUCCUGCAGUGAUUAAACAGAACAGCAUUUCCACAACUUAAAAUGGAAACCGGACUAUGAAAACAGCAUAUCCCUUUGAAUAUAAUGACUACAUAUACCACAGAAAGCAAAUCUCUUGUUUUAUCCAAGUCAGUUAAUUCUUUAGGGUCCGCCCAAUGUUAAAUAUCCCGCCGGCAACCUGGCCCUUUAACUCUUCUUACUCAGGCACUGUGCGAGACAGUUGGAAAGAGGAGAAUCGCAGCUUUAAAACAAGGUCCUAUUAGUGUAUUUCCGGUAAAUGACCAUAUCAGGAGAUAGUCUUGAAUGGUUUUUCCAAUGCUACUGCUGCACUGUAAGACAGACCUAUCUCGAUGCAGUAAACAAACAUUUUCAAAUAAAAUCUUUACAAAAUAAGAAAUUGACCUAUUUUCUGAUAAACUUUAUAUAUGUUUUUUGUGUUUGUGGAUCAGAUGCACGAGACAAGCAGAGUUAGGUUGCCAUGGUCACCACCUUGCUGGUGACCAUGGCCUUUGCCUAGGACUAAAUUAUUUUUUAUUUGUUUUUCUUUUGCACAUUUUGAAUUAAUCCGUUUUUUUGGGGGGUUGCUUUUGGUCCC